AUGUCUAAUUUGGCUAGAAAGAAAAUUAAGCGAAAAAAUGCACCAGGAAAUAGGUCUGACCUGGGAUGGGAACAUGGUGUUAAAGUAGGUUCAAGGCAAGUUCAAUGUAAUUAUUGCAAAGAAAUUCAUAGUGGGGGUAUAUAUAGGCUGAAGCAUCAUUUAGCUGGGACUAGGAAAAAUGUUUCAGCUUGUCCUAGUGUGCCAGAAAAGGUGAGGGAAAAAUUUGCGACUCUUUUGUAUGCCCAAUCUGAAGCAUCUAUAAAAAAGAAAAGGUGGUAUACUAUAGAAGAAGAGGAUGAUGGCAAUGAUGAUGAAUUAGUUGAAGUACAACAACUACAUUCAUCAAAAGGGAGGGGCAAACACAUAGGCUCCAUGGAUAAAUUUGGGAUUGGCCUCAAGCCUCCUUCCUAUCAUGAGAUUAGGGAGGCAUGCUUGAAGAAAGAGGUAGAUUUUACACAACAAAUGCUUGAAGAAUAUAAGGUUGAAUGGAAAAAAACAGGUUGUUCAAUUAUGUCUGAUGGCUGGGUUGGAGAGGAGAAUGUUGUGCAAUUGGUGACUGACAAUGCUGCUAACUACAAACUAGCUGGAGAGAUGUUGAUUCAGAAGAGAAAGUGCUUGUUUUGGACUCCAUGUGCUGCCCAUUGCUUGGAUUUGAUGCUUGAGGAUUUUGAAAAAAAGAUUAAGGACCAUAAGUACACAAUUGCAAAGGGGAAGAAGAUUACAACGUUCAUAUAUUCUAGAGCUAUGCUUUUAAAUUGGUUGAGGGAUUUCACUAAAGGGAGGGAAUUAAUUAGACCCGCUGCCACUAGAUUUGCAACAUCAUAUUUGACAUUGUCAUGCCUUAAUGAGUUCAAAGGAGAAUUGAUGGCAAUGUUUUCUACUAAACAAUGGAGGUGUAGUAAAUUUGCAAAAACAAAAGAAGGGAAAAGAAUUCAUGCCAUAGUUAUGGAUAACAAUGGCUUUUGGCGACUUGUUGUCAAAUGCUUGAAGGCCGCAAUACCCCUUUUAAAGGUACUUCGCAUGGUUGAUUCUGAUACACCUCCAAUGGGAUUCAUUUAUCAAGAAAUGGAAAAAGCAAAAGAAGAAAUACAGAAAAAUUUCAAUAAUGUUCAAAAGAGUUACAAAGAGAUAUGGGAUAUAAUUGAUGAUCGAUGGGAAAUGCAACUUCAUAGGCCUUUGCAUGCUGCAGGAUACUAUUUGAACCCUUCUAUUCAUUAUGAUCCUUCUUUUGAUCCGGGUUCAGAUAUUAAAUUAGGACUAUAUAUGUGUCUUCAACGAAUGGUUCCAGAAGUUAGUGAUAGGAAAAAGAUAGAUAUGCAACUUGAAAAAUUCAAACAAGCAAACGGACUCUUCGGUAUUGAAGCUGCCAUACUAGCCAGAGAUACUAAACAGCCAGCUGAGUGGUGGGACUCAUAUGGAGAUGACUGUCCUGAAUUGAAAAAAUUUGCUAUAAGAAUAUUGAGCUUAACAUGUAGCUCAUCUGGUUGUGAAAGAAAUUGGAGUGCGUUUGAAAUGGUACAUUCAAAAAGGAGAAAUCGCUUACACCAUAAAAAAAAAAUGAAUGACUUGGUCUUCGUUAUGUACAACUUGAAGAUAAAACAGAAAAGAGCUAAACCAUUGAGUACAAAAGAAGAAAUUGGUUUGGAGAAUUUGUCUUCUGAUGAUGAGUGGUUAGCAGCAGAUUCUGUAGAUUCAGAAGAUGAUAGUGCAGAUUUUGAUGAAGACAAUGAAGGUGAUGAUGAGGUUUCAAGAGUUGCUGCCAAAGGAAAAAGUGUGCUAGUUCAUGAUGUUAGUGAUGAAUUUCAUGAGAAUGAUGAUGGUUCUAAUGAUGAUGAUAGUGAUCGGCCCCCACCUGGAUUUGAGAGAGUUAGGGAUUUCGAUGAUUACGCCAUGGAUGUUGAUACUAGGAAGGAUAUAAAUGGUGAAAUGAGAUAUGACAAUGAUAGUGACUAG